UUCUCCACGCUGUCUCUGGCAGAUCAGAUGAGCCUUCUGCAGAGUGCAUGGAUGGAGAUCCUGAUCCUGCGUGUUGUGUACCGCUCACUGUCUUUUGAAGACAAGUUGGUCUAUGCUGAGGAUUACAUUAUGGACGAGGACCAGUCAAAGCUAGCGGGGCUUCUGGACCUGAACAACACCAUCCUUCAGCUCGUCAAGAAGUACAAGUCUAUGAAACUAGAGAAGGAGGAAUUUGUCACUCUGAAGGCUAUUGCUUUGGCUAACUCAGAUUCCAUGCAUAUUGAGGAUGUGGACGCAGUGCAGAAGCUCCAGGAUGUGCUCCAUGAGGCCCUGCAAGACUACGAGGCUUCUCAGCAUCAGGAGGAUCCUCGCCGGGCAGGCAAGCUGCUCAUGACGCUCCCCCUGCUCCGCCAGACCUCCACCAAGGCUGUCCAGCACUUCUACAGCAUCAAGCAGGAUGGCAAAGUCCCCAUGCACAAACUCUUCUUGGAGCUGCUGGAGGCCAAGGUCUGA